AUGUCAGACAAAACGGAGGUGAAUCUGACCGGAGUCAAACAGAAUAAAAGUGUGUGGCUUGUGAAGGUUCCCAAAUAUUUAUCUCAACAGUGGGACAAGGCCACAGAAAAAGGAGAAGUCGGGAAAAUUACUAUUGGAAAGAAACAAGGCAAAACAGAGGUACAUUUCAGUCUGGAUGAGGAUCUGACCGGUCUGGACGCUGUGGGGGAGCAGGAUGCGUCACUUCGCGUUCCCAGGGAUCACCCCUUCACUAUGCACCCGGUGGGAGGACAGAGCAUGGCCGUCUUCAGCCAGAGCGACACAGAUGAAAUCAGUCUGGAGGGGUUGGUGGUGCACCGAGCCGAAUGCAGACCCGUCGUCAAUGACAACUACAUGAAGCUGAAAAAGCUGCAGAUUCAAGAGUCGAUGAAGCCUCAGCGUUUGUCUCAGCAGCUGGAGAGAGCCGUCACCAACGUCUUCAAGCCUGUGGCCAACCACGACUUCAAUCUGGAGUACGAGAAGAAGAAGAAGUCUGAGGGGAAGAUGGUCCGAGCUGAUCGACAGCUGGUGUUGGACAUGCUCUUCUCCGCCUUUGAGAAACACCAGUAUUAUAAUAUUAAAGACUUGGUGGACAUCACUAAACAACCUGUGACCUACCUGAAGGAGAUCAUGCGUGAAAUUGGGACGUACAACAGUAAAGGAGCUCACAAAAGCACCUGGGAGCUGAAGUCUGAGUACCGCCACUACCAGUCAGCCGAGGACGAGGACACGCAGACGUCCUAG